AUGAUGAACGAACCGCUCUACAUCGCGUCCACGCAAGGUCAAGUGGAUGGCUGUAAUGACGAUAGCAACUGUGACCAAUAUAUGCCUUUUGCAAAAUGUCAUACUACAGCAUCAGAUCCGGCAAAUCGUUUGUAUAAAGGCCUUUGUUAUUCAACCAACGAGACGAUGUUUAUUACAUCUGCCACUGAAGCCACUUCUGCGUCCACCACUGAGAUGACAUCCACAGAAGAGAGUACUACAAUGGCUGAAACGAUUGAAGCAUCGUCCAUGACAACUGAGGAGACAACUAUGGGUACUGAAGAAACGACUAUGGGUUCUGAAGAAACGACUAUGGGUAUGACGACUGAAGAAACAACUAUGGGUAUGACGACUGAAGAAACAACCAUGGAAGCAUCAACAACAACAACACCCUUUUAUAAUCCCAUGACAGACAUAAUUCGCACGAAUAUUACCAACAUGCACAAUUAUCGCAGGUGCUUUCCAGACGUACAGCACGACAUUGGAGCACGACGCUCAAGCUUAUGCGAACACACUGCCCAUCCAUGGGCCUCCAGCAAUCAACAAUUUUGGCGUGUGAUCAAAUCGCAGAGCAUCAACCCGUCAAUGGUGUUUUCGGGAACGCUUAUUCAAAACGAAUAUUUGCAACCAUUUACACAGAUGGCCUGGGCUACUACCAAGCAAUUCGGUUGUGGUGUCAAGCUUUGUGGUAGCAACUAUGUUGUUGUGUGUCGAUACUCCCCGCGGGGCAAUAUCCCCCUCAGCAAUAUCUACAACGUGGGCACGAAAUGCACAGCAUGUCCAAACAGCUGUUCCACAGAAUAUCUGUACCAGGGACUUUGCAUGGGGUCUACUAUGAGAGGUCAUUGA